CGUACCGAGAGCUUACCGGAUUGGGGGGUGGUUCGAGAUUCCGGGUCGUGAUGUAAGAGGAAGGGAGCGGCGGGAUCCCCAGGAACGAAACAUAGUGCAGGGGUCCGACAGGGAAACAAACAAGGAAUCUAUUCGCCGCCCGCCGCGGGGAGGGUUCUGGAAAAUCGGGACGGGCGGGAAGGUUCGCAGAGUGACGAUGACCGGGAACGCGUGUGGGUGUCGGCGAGAUAUAAAGGGUGAUCCCCCUUCGCCGUUCCCAGGUGUUCGGUCCAUGUCUGGGCAGCAGCACACGGAACCAAACAAGCACACCUUAGCGUCUCCAACUCCAACGUCAUCAUCAUGAAGGCCGGUCUCCUCCUCUUGGCGCCGCUCGCCGCCUCGGCAGCGCCCGCCCUCGACACCCGCCAGGCGGCCGAGAGCAUCGACGCUCUGAUCAAGGCCAAGGGCAAGCUCUAUUACGGCACCUGCGCCGACCAGGGCCGUCUCGGCCAGGGCGAGAACGCCGCCAUCAUCGAGGCCAACUUCGGUCAGGUGACGCCCGAGAACAGCAUGAAGUGGCAGUCCCUCAACCCUAGCCAGGGCACCUACAACUGGGGCCAGGCCGACUACCUCGUCGACUGGGCCACCGAGCGCAACAUCACCAUCCGUGGCCACACCUUUGUCUGGCACUCGCAGCUCGCCGGCUGGGUCAACAACAUCCGCGACAAGGCCACCCUGACCACGGUGAUUCAGGAGCACAUCACCACCGUCAUGGACCGGUACAAGGGCAAGAUCUACGGCUACGACGUCAUCAACGAGAUGUUCAACGAGGACGGCUCGCUCCGCAGCAGCGUCUUCUCCAACGUGCUUGGCGAGGACUUUGUCGACAUCGCCUUCAAGGCGGCGCGUGCGGCCGACCCGGACGCCAAGCUGUACAUCAACGACUACAACCUGGACAGCCCGACCGCGGCCAAGGUGACGACCGGCAUGGUCGACCACGUCAAGAAGUGGAUGGCCGCCGGCACCCCCAUCGACGGCAUCGGCACCCAGGGCCACCUGCAGUCCGGCAUGGGCAACGGCCUGGCCGGCGCCAUCAAGACGCUCGCCGCCGCCGGCGUCGCUGAGGUCGCCGUCACCGAGCUCGACAUCCAGAACCAGAACGACAACGACUACACCGCCGUCACCCAGGGCUGCCUGGACGAGCCCAAGUGCGUCGGUAUCACCGUCUGGGGUGUCCGUGACCCUGACUCGUGGCGUCCCCAGGGCAACCCCCUGCUCUUCGACAGCAGCUACCAACCCAAGUCCAACUACAACGCCAUCGUCGCCCUUCUCUCGCAGUAAAUCUGAGAUUGUUGGUGAGGCGAACCCGCCGGGCUGCUUCGUUGGAGGAAUACGUAGUGAAAAUAUUGCAGGGGAUUAGCGCCGAAUAAGACUUGCAAUAUCAAAACAUUUCAUUCCACCGUGUGCGGAAUCUCUUGUCAACCGUCCAGGCUUUUCGGUUAUGGCUUGAAGGACG